CAAAUAUUAUGAAUAAAUAGCAUAUUCCAGCAAAAGCAUAAGAAAAAAUAUUUGCAUUGAUUCUAAAAAGACCGGAAAAUUUAUUGUGUGCUGAUUGUGCUACUAAAGGUCCAAGAUGGGUUAGUUUAGAUUAUGGAAUAUUUAUAUGUAUGGAUUGUGCAGGUAGAUAUUUUAAUUCUUAUAUAUUUAGGAGCUCAUAGAACUUUAGGUCCUAGUGUUACUAGAGUUAGAUCAACCAAUAUUGAUGGAUGGUAUUAAGAAAAUAUUGAUAUUAUGGAAUCUAUUGGAAAUGCAACAGCAAAUUCUUAUUGGGAAAAUACUAUGCCAAAAGAUUAUGUGUAUAUUACUCUCUUAUAUUUAUUUAUCAUUUAGAAAACCUACUAUCAAUACAGGCUUAGAUUCCUUGAUUCGUUUUGUCUAAGAAAAAUAUAUCAAAAAGAAAUUUAUACCUUAAUAAUCAUGUCUUGAUCCUAAAUAACAAUACAUGUUGACUAAAACGUAUUUAUAAACCAACUAUUUUAGUACUGUUAAACCAUUCUAUUUCCGUAUCCAAAUCAAAUAAGAAGAACCUAAAGUUAAAUUAGGAGACUUAAUUGAUUUAAAUGAAUAAUUUGAUAAUUUUGGAACUAAAGAAACUAAAAUUGAAAUCAUUCAUGCUAAUAAUACUUAAUUUGGAACCACUCAUUCUUUAUCACCAGAAAAAGAUUAAGUAGAUUUCACUUCAAUCAAAUAACCAAAUAAUCAUGUUAUGCAUUCAUUACCAUCCUUAGACAUUCUAAAUCUAUACAAACCUGAUUAAUAAUUAAAAUAACAUAUGCAAUCAUAAUAAAACAUACCAUUCAAAAAUGCCAAUUAUGCCUAUUUGCAGAAUUUAGGAUUAUAAUCAUAAUCAUAAUCAUAUAAUUAUCAACAAUUCUAAAAUAACGCUGCAUUUUUCAAUCCCUAAACAUAAUAAUAAUAGUUUUCAUAAAAUAUAUUCUAAUAACAAUAAACUAAUUAAAUUUAAUAAUAACAAUAAUAUAAAUAAAAUGGACCCAUAAAUAUCAUGGAACUGUAUCAAAGAUGA